CCUAUAUCCUUUCCCUAACCCUGAGCCAAGAAGAUGGAAGCUGGAGAGCGGCAGCGGCUCCACUUCUGGGGAGACACGCCGGAAGAAGAAUAUUACCGUCUUCAAGGCAUAGAAUCCACCAAGUCAUUCUUCAACUCCCCUAGAGGCCUAUCUCUGUUCACUAGAUCAUGGCUACCUUUGACUUCCCCACCUCGCGGCGUAAUUCUCAUGCUCCAUGGCUAUGGCAACGACAUCAGCUGGACCUUCCAGUCCAGUCCAAUCUUCUUAGCUCAGAAAGGAUUCGCCUCAUUUGCCUUAGACCUCGAAGGCCAUGGACGAUCUGGAGGUCUCAAAGCCUUCGUACCAAACGUUGACCUAGUAAUUGACGAUUGCCUAUCAUACGUUAGCUGCAUCAUGAAGCAAAACCCGCAAUUGAAUAACCUCCCAGUCUUUCUGUAUGGAGAAUCAAUGGGAGGAGCGAUCUGUCUGCUAAUUCAUUUCCGAAAACCUAGUUUCUUCGCUGGCGCCAUCCUCAUCGCUCCUAUGUGCAAGAUCUCCGACAAAGUAAAACCUAGAUGGCCGAUUCCACAGAUACUGACCUUCCUAGCGAGAUUCUUCCCAACUCUUCCGAUCGUUCCGACGGCUGAUCUUCUCGACAAGUCCGUGAAAGUGCCGGAGAAACGAGUGAUUGGAAACAUGAAUCCGAUGAGAUAUCGAGGGAAACCGCGAUUAGGAACGGUGGUGGAACUGCUGAAAGUGACCGAUUACCUGAGCAAGAGGUUAUCGGAUGUUAAUUUACCGUUCAUUGUUCUCCAUGGGAGUGCGGACGUUGUGACUGAUCCGGAAGUGAGUGUGGAACUGUACGAGCAGGCGAUGGGAAUGGACAAAACCUUGAAGAUUUACGAAGGGAUGAUGCAUUCGUUGCUGUUCGGAGAGACGGAUGAGAACGUUGAAAUUGUUCGUCGUGAUAUCCUCAACUGGUUGAAUGCAAGGUGUAAUUGAGAUAUUAGUCAUUCAUUCAUUCAUUUGCUGCUGCUGUAAACCAUUUAAACUGUCAAGAUCUCAAUAUCAAAUCAAUUGUAAUUCAUGUUCUUGCCAUUGAUCAAUGAACAUUUUCUUCUGUACUGUAAUCGUCUAAUUUGGCUUGUCUUCUACAAUAAUCAAAUCUUCAAACUCAAAGUUUAUUUAUUUCA